AUGACUUAUGCUCAUCUUGUUCAUCGCAAAUAUGGUUACGUACCUUUGAAGACAUGUUCUCUUUUGUCAAUAGAACUGGAAGUUCUUUAUGAAUCUUCAGUAGAUUUUGAAAAUCUAAGAAUACAUGGUUUCAACACUAAUGCUGAGACAAUGGCACAAGGUUUGUUAAACUACCUUGAAAGAUUGGUUGGACCAAUAUAUCUUGAUCUAGUAAAGGAUUUAUGGGUUAAUGCUACAGUUACUCCUACUGCAAUCAUCUCCUUCGUGCUAGGGCAUGAAAUUGUGGUAACUGAACAAUUAAUCAGAAAGUUGUACAAUCUGGAUGAUGAAGAAGGAAGCACAGGUGCUCUUCCUGGUAUAUUCGAUUGGACAGCAGUUGAGAAAGAAAUAUCUACUGUUGUUGGUGUUGUAUCUCAUCAAACUGGUUCGCUGAAGCCGUUCUACAAAGUUUGGGCUGAGAUUAUUCUAGGAUCUCUUUAUCAUAGAAAGCGGUCUUUUACCUCAACAUACAUCGAUCCGAAUCAGGAGUAUGUUCUCUUCUGCAUUAGCAAAGGGAUUGAAGUUAAUAUCUCAAACAUUCUAUUUCAACAUUUGAAAACAAAUAUUGAAUAA